UCAAAUCGUCGACCAAUACAACCGCUGCCCUUGCACCAAAGCAAUAUGCUAAAUCGAUUGUGCGGUGUUUUGAAAAACGAUGCUCGAUUUGCGUUUCAUUGCUGACAGAUUCACCAAAAUGGUGGCAACACAGUUGAAAGCAAUAGCGCUUAGUGGUGGUGCAUUUUGGUGUGCUUACUUUUGUUGUUUUUGCAUAGGUUGGCUGUUGUUUGGCAACAGUUGAUAAAAAAGGAAAAAGCAAACGAAAGUUGAUUGAAGCAAAUCGUGAAUUUUGGUAUCAAUGGUGGCUGCAGAAUUUCCGCAAGUGAUUUAAAACACACUUCAAUUAACAAAGAAUAACUAGAUCACUUAAAUAGCUUAAGAGAUAUAAAAUGAAAUCAAAGCGUAACAAAACUGAACCACAAUUCGAAGAAAAUGGUGACUCUGAAGCCGCAGACUGUAACGAAACCGGUGAAAAUUGGGAGUUACAAUCGCCUCAAGCGCAAACCCGGUGGACGCCAGAAUGUACACGAGUUAUGUUGCAACUGCGUUUUGAAAGGCAAUUAGAGUUCCAACAACGUAUUAGACAGAAAAAGGAACUGUGGUCUGAGAUUGCCACUGAAAUGAGACGACAAGGUUUGUGCGACUUUUCAUUAACUGCGGAAGUCUGUGAUUUGAAAUAUCGAAAUAUGCUGCAAACUUAUAAGAAGAAUAGAUUAAAGGAAGAUAGUGGUAUGCAGUCUUUAAUAGCGUGGGAGUAUUAUGAUAUUUUCAAGGAGGCAUUAACGGCUUCUGAUGACUUGGAUGCAUACCAAGAGGGGCAGGAGCGUGUGGUGCCAUCAUUGUUUUGUGAAUCAGUAUGUGAGGUAACUAACGAAGACGAGAUAUGGUCGGAAGUAAACGAGACAGAUUCCAAAUUGACACUUGGCGAUUCAGCAGUUAAAACAAAUGCUUUAGAAAAUGGAGUAGAUGAUGCUAAAGCUAUAACAAAUACUAAUACUACAGCUGCCAAUAGCAGAAAAAGGAGCAGAAGGUCUAUGAUGAAAUCUGAAGCGGUCAGUCCAUCGCCAACAAGACAACUGGAUACAAUAUCAACUAACGAGUCAAAAACAGCUAUUCAACGUCAAAAUUCAAAACCAGAAGCUGUUGCGCCCGCCAACCCAAGUGAUGAAAUGCAUCCACCUCACGCCAAUGUUAAGCCGGAUACAUCUUUUCGUCCGCAACGCAAGCGUGUAUGCUCGUCUAUUGGUGUUCCACCAAUUUGUGUAAAUGCAGAAGCUACAAGGACGGAUAUAGAACCUCAUAGCCAGGUUUCAAUAAAUGCCAUACAAAAUGAUCCCAUCAUAUCGUCUACUUCUGCCGCAACAAUGCCCAUUCCAAAUAUAAUACAUGGACCACCUCUGCAACCGCAAACACCACAACCGCCACAAUCUGCCGUCCCACCACUUGUUAAUCAAACACCCAUUACCAUUGUUCAUCCAAAUCAAUUGCAAGCCGUACCGAUUGGCUUAGCACCUUCUGAAAUGCGCGAGUGUCAAGUGUUUGGUGAAAGUAUUGGUUUACAAUUGGCCAACGUUAGAGAACCGCAUAUAAGAGCGAUGCUGCAACUAAAAAUACAAGAACUUCUUUAUUUAGCGAAAACUGGCAAACUUGUGGAAACAACUCGCUUUUGAUAUGUGGAUUGAAAAAGGUUGACCGGGGCCUAUAACGAGUGUAUAUGUUCGAUUUUUAUUGCAUAUAAAAAAGAUAUACGAAAUUAAAAGUAAUUUAAAAAGUAAAUAUAUGUUUAUUGUCGACAACGAAAUGUUAGAAUUUCUGUCUUUAAGGGCUUAAAACAACAGACACUACCUACAAACAAAUAAAUUUCAAUAUUUUCAUUUGCGCCCAAUAUAAACUACCGCUGAGUAUUCCCUGAAGUGGAAGUUCUUAUAAUACAUUCAUAUAUUUUUAGAAGUAGUAGUAGUAACGUUUUUUUUUAGGUUAAGUUAGAGGUCGGUCCUAACCGUGUUCGCACUUGGGCAGCUUAGACCAUUGGUUUGUUGUAGUACCUAACUUUUCGGCCAAAUGUGAUAAAUUGUUAAUGCUCGGACAUUUAGUUUUUUUUAUAGAAUAUAUAUAAGUGUAUAUGCAUAAUCUGGCAUCACUGAUUUUUUGACGUUUUCUCAUAGCACAAUAUUUUGAUUGUGGUGAAUUGGCGAUUCGUGUUUAUGUCGGAAUUUAGUUAGUUGAAUUUGUGUCAGUUGAUGAGAAAUCGAGUUUGCCAGUUUAGCAGUUCACCAGUCUACCGGAAUUCGUCGUCAGAUUAGUGAGUUUAGUUUUUAUUCGUAAUCAGUCGGAAAUCGGCAGUCGGGAGUUUUCUUCAUUCGUUCUUGUUGGAUUUUCUUCUUUCCCCUUAAAAUUUUUUUUAAAAGUUCUCAAUUCUUUCAAAAUAGAAAUUUUACACAGAUGAAAUUUAUACACCAACUUUACAACAAAGCGAUUUGAAUUUAUUUUGGAUACACGGGAAACUUUGUGCGCGUUUUCGUUUGUGAUAAAGAAAAAUUGAAAUUGAAAGAAUCCAAAGUGAAUCCUAAAGAAAAAUUCGACACGUCAAAAAGUGUGUUGUGCACGAAUGAAGGAAGAAAUCGCGUUGACAAGCAGUAGCAAAGCCUUGUAGCAACAGUAAACCAAACAAAGUCAACUUCAGAUCAAAUAGCAUAAAUACACAAUACAUAACUGCAAAUAUAUAUAUAUACAAUAGCAACAAUAAAAGCACGAAACUAACUAAUCGAGCAACAUCAAUCGUCAAGCGUCAAGAAUCGAGAAUUCACAAAUAAAUAAACCAA